AUGGCAGCGUCAACUACGAACGGCGACUACUUCUCUGGACGUGCCUCCACUCGCACGAGACCAACUGCAUCCGCACUCAAAGACAGCAUUCAAUCGCCAGGUCGAAGUCCCAGAACACCGACCGUUCCCAGCCUUGGUCGCAGCAUAUCCUCGCAAUUCGGGAGUCCUGGCAGCUUUCGGACCGAACAAGAAGAUAUCAUCAUCUACGAGCUGGGUCCAAGACAUUUGUCGGCAGGACAUGCGGGUGAAAGUAGACCCAGGUGCAUUCUGCCCUUCACUCCAGAGGUCAAUCGCAGACCAGGUGAUUACCGCCACUACGACCCUCAGUAUGCUGUGAAAGAGCGUGAUUGGCGAUUGCAAGAAGAAUGGGGAACGGGCUAUGAGCUGUAUAGGACAGAUUUGCGAGAUUUGGAUCUGGGCUUAGUUGAAGACAGGCUCGAUCGCGUCCUGCGAAAGGCACAGACAGAUUACCUACAGCUGGAUGCAAAGCCUCGCAAAGCUAUCCUCAUAAUUCCCUCUCUGCUACCAACGCCACUGCUUGAGAUGGCUCUGAAAGUUUUGUUUCGCCAUUUCACCCAGCCGCCCUCAAUCGUGGCACUGACAACUCCUGUCAUCUGCUGUGUCAGUGCUGGACUUCGAGACGCCCUCGUGAUUGACAUUGGCUGGGAAGAAACGAUGGUGACAGCUCUUGGCGAAUACAAAGAGGUGGCACAGAGAAGCACUGUUAGGGGUGGCAAGUUACUUACACGGGAGAUUGGAAGCAUGAUCGAAGAGCACAUUCGGAGCACUGGAUCAGAAUCGCUCUCGGAUUUCAAAGUUACAUUCAAAGAGACCGAGGACGUAACUCAGCGCAUGGCAUGGUGUCGACAGCGGGAAGCUCAGGAUGAAAAGAGUGAAUCGACUGUCCGCCUACCUAUCUUUGGCAGCGAUCCUCCAAGAAACACAACACUUGCAUUUGAUAAGCUCACUCAGCCUGUGGAAACUACCUUCUUCGCAACAGGAAGCGCAUUUAAGGACUACGACGACCACGACUUAUCGCUACCUUUGUUGGCAUAUCGCACGCUUCUCUCGCUGCCUGUGGACCUUCGAGCGACCUGCGUGAGCCGCAUCGUGAUUACUGGAGCAGCCAGUAAGAUACCUGGUCUCAAGCGGAGGCUCUUACAAGAGAUCAAGCAUUUGGUCGAGUCUCGUGGUUGGGAUCAGGUGUCCAAUUAUGGGAGCGCAAAAUCACGACGUGAAAAGCCGCUCAACGAACGAUCUGCCAAUGCGAACCUGCGCCCAGGGUCUCUGAAUGACUCCACGUCAAGCAUACCGCUUUCACCAUUGAAGAUGCCCCUCCAAGAGGCUAUCCCCCAUGCCGACCGUGUUCAUGACGAUAUAAAGGAUCCGGUCACGAUGAAAGCUGAACGUGAAGCCGCUAAAGGUAAGGCGGCGCCAGUCAAAGGCAUCGUGCGAGGUGUCGAAACACUUGGACCUUGGGCUGGUGCUAGUCUGGUUGCGAGUAUGCGUGUCAAGGGUACACACGAGAUCGAGCGUGAUGACUUUCUCAAGCACGGCUUGAAGAACGGCAUGAGCGAUAUAUGA